AUGGACGGAAACCGAGAGCAACAGGCGGACGAGCUAGAAGCGCUUCAAGCCAUUUACGGCGAUGACUUUGCAUGGGCCGAGGCCACCGGCGAAGCGCAAAGGUCGUUCUUUAUGACCGUGCCCGGGGACUUUUGCCUCCAGCUGCUCGUGCACUUGCCGGCCACAUACCCGUCGCACGAGCCGCCGAUCGCUGAGGUCUACGAGUCGUUUGGCGUCACGACGGCGCAGCGCGACGAGCUCCUCGCCGACUUGCACGCCAUCUACGAGCGCAGCGCCGGCCAAGUGUGUUUGUACGAGUGGAUUGAAAGCGCACGAGAGAAAUUUGGCGCCUUUACGACCUACGAGCCCGAGUCGCUCGCGACAGCCGAGGUCGACUGGGACGCCAUUGCACGCGGUGUUCCAGACGCGCCUAUCAACGCACCCCCCGCGCCAUUUCUCUCGCUCAUCAAGCGUGGCGACCCGAUCACAGACCGCAAGAGUACCUUCCAGGCGCAUGCCGUGGCCGUGCACUCGGUGGACGAGGUGAAUGCUUUUGUCGAGUACUUGCUCCAGGAUCGCAAGAUUGCGCGGGCCACCCACAACAUGCUGGCCUACCGCAUCGUGCAAGGCGCCAACAUCAUCAAGGACUGCGACGAAGACGGCGAGCACGGUGCCGGCAGCAAGAUGUCGCACUUGCUCGAGAUGGUGCACGCCGAGAACGUGGCGGUGCUCGUGACGCGCUGGUAUGGCGGUAUCCAGCUCGGGCCCGACCGCUUCAAGCACAUUGCCAACGCGGCCCGCAACGUCCUCGAGACACACGGGUUCAUCGCAUCGACCAAGAAGAAGUAA